AUGGCGGCGCACAUUGCUGUGGUAGUGGUGGAAAAGGGUUAUACUAUCGAGUUCGGACAGAUUUCCUGCAAUUCCAUCAUUCUGCUCGAAUGGAUAAUUCCGGCAGAAACGUGGAUCCGCGGAGCAUUCGUCGAUGAAGAAGAGCAACCGUUCCUGGGUUCGAAUGAUGUCGCAGAGAUUCGUCUCACGCCUGCCUGGGAGAGCAGGAAUCUGCCACCCGAGCAACUUAAUUUUCAGGAUGUUUCCCCACCGGAUGAAUCUGAGUACGGCAAAGAGCCGCCUGAUCGGUGA